UGGUGCACAGUACACCAUAACCAUUGUUUAGUUAGCGUAAAAACUGAAAGGCGCGUAGGUUUUAGUAAUUAUUUUUUCUGAUACCGCUUCUUUACUUUGUAUCUUAGGUUUUGGAUAGUUAUAAUGUAAUUUUGGUUAAAUGGCAGCUGGAACAUUUCAUUCGUUUGCCGUAGCGUUACAGAAUGCUAACGUAAAUUAGCCGAACAACUAGCCAACAUUAGCUAACAGUUCGGAUGUUACCAUAUGUCCCUUCUUCUUUAUCUUUACUGACGGCGCCUGUGUAUUUGGUUGUUCUAGCUAAAUACGCCUCAGCGACGACAACGCAGUGGAAACCGUUAGUAGGAGCAUUGCAGCGGACGUCUGUUUUCAUAUUUGGGAUCUGUAAGCCGUGAGCCAUGCCUACUGUGGUGUUAAUGGAUGUGUCUCUGUCCAUGACACGACCAGUGUCAUUGGAUGGCAUCGAAGAGUUUCAGAGGAAGAACCUGGCUGUCCACGGACUCAAUAUGUUGUUUGAACACAUGGCCUCAAACUACCGCUUGGAGUUCACGUCGCUGAUGGCCUUUUCUUCCCUGUGGGAACUCCUGGUACCUUUCACCAGAGACUACAAUGCAUUGCAGGAGGCUCUGAGCAAUCUGGAAGACUAUGACAAAACCUGUGUUGAAGCAGCUCUAAAUGGAGUUAGUAAUGUAGUACAGCAGGAGUGGGGUAGUGCCUGCCCCUGUCAGGUGGUGCUGGUUACUGAUGGAUCCCUUGGCAUUGGGAAGGGGUCUUUACGCCACUCCCUCCAAACACUGAAACAGCGUGGGGAUGACAAGAAAUUUCCUCUUCCUUUCCCUUUUCCUACCAAACUGUUCAUCAUGUGUAUUGCCAAUGCAGAGGAGUUACAGAUGACUGAUGCCAUGGACAACCUGGAGGAAUUACUUUGUCUUAGUGGAGGGGAUGGGCAAAUCUUUACUAUGGAGGGACCGCUUUGCAUGAAGAGUGUACAGGCCAUGUUUGGGAAGCUGAUCGAUCUUGUAUACUCUCCCUUCCAUGCGGUUCUGCACUGUGGGAAUCUAUCCUCAGAUGUUCAGGUCUUCCCUCGACCUGAGCCUGUCGUGAUGGAUGAAGAGGUGGAGCCCAUGCCCCGGACUGUUAGUACAGAUUUGGAGAUUGUGGGUUUCAUUGAAAUUGCUGACAUUGCAAGUCCUCCUGUCAUAUCCAGACACUUGGUAUUACCUAUUGCUGUAAACAAAGAUGUGGAUGAAGUUGGUACGGGAACCACAGAUGAGCUUGAGGAGGAACCUUCUGCCAGUCAGAUGGCAGGCAAAAGUCCCAAUUUUUGUGUACUUUUACAUGGAAGUCUGAAGGUUGAAGGCAUGGUGGCGCUGGUCCAGCUGGGGCCGGAGUGGUACGGCAUGUUGUACUCCCAGGCAGACAGCAAGAAGAAAUCAAACUUGAUGAUGUCUCUUUUUGAUCCCGGUCCGGAGCCUCUGCCCUGGCUGGGCAAGAUAUCACAUUUGGGACCAAUCUCAGAAGCGGCUGAUAAUCCCUAUGGAGAGGAUGACAGUAAAAGUCCAUUUCCUGUACAACCACAGGUGAAACGUAGCUAUGCCCAGAAUGUGACCGUGUGGAUUAAGGCCAGUGGACUACAGACUGAUGUCCAGAAGAUCCUGAGGAAUGCCAGGAAACUGCCAGAUAAAACUCAGACCUUCUAUAAGGAGCUGAACCGUCUACGUAAGGCUGCUUUGGCUUUUGGUUUCUGGGAGCUCCUGAAGGGAGUUGCCGAUCUGCUGGAGAGAGAGUGCACCAUGCUGCCAGACUCGGCACAUCCGGAUGCUGCUUUCCAGCUCUCCCACGCUGCACAGCAGCUUAAACUGGCCAGCACUGGUGACUCCCAGUAUGCUGCUUUUGAUCACAAUAUUGUUCCCAUGCACACGGAUUUCUCAAGCUGA